CUAUAUAUAUAGCCUCACCCUUCACUAUUCACUUCAACUUUUCAAAAUAUACACAAUUCAGAUACAGACUCAAACAACUUCCUUCACAGACUAAGUGAGCAAAUUCCCAUGGGCUUAGUGACUCAGUAGGAGACACAUUAGCCAGUCUUCAUCCUUGUCUCUCCGUUGAAUUUUCAGCCUUCAGAAGUGAAAUUAACAACGAUGAACCCUCAUGGUGGCUCAGGUGGAGAAGCUAAUGCAAACAACCAAAAUUAUUUGAGGCCUCGGUUUUCUAGUGAAACACAAGACAGGCUGCGUCCCUUAUUUCCCCUCUUUGCUACUGAGGAAGACUUUGAUCAGCCAGAAGUGAAUCUCCCUCAACAAGGUGGCAACAACAUUGGUGCCACAACUGAUGUUCCACUUGAGGAAACCCCUAAUGUUGUAGCACCGGAAUCAAACAUUUACUCAUCAAGCUCCUUUGCUGGAACUUCUCCAAAUCCUGAGGAAAAUGUAGACUUGUAUCUGAACUUUGGCAUGAGCGGUCAGGGUGCAACAAUAUCUCCUGCUAUGGUUCCAAGUUCGAACGUUGCACUUAGCACGCAUGGAAGCGACUCAAGCAGCGUCAACAUAUCAAGAAAAAGAAGCCUCCCUGAAAACGCUUCUCCAAAUAUAGCAGAACCCAAAAGAUUUGAUACUCGGUCUCAGGUGAGAGCUACCCGCAACGAAAUUCCACACAUUGCAGGAACAACGGUUCCACCAACCAACAUGAGAGCUGACUGGAUGGAUAAUACUGACCAUAGAAUAGGUUCUCAUGCUCAACCUUUUAUUUCAACACAUUCCCUUCACUCUUCUUUCCAACCCUCACUUUCCGUUGAGCCUCUAUCUUUUCACAGUACUUCAUUCAUGUCUGGUCCUGCCUUCACUGUAAACACCAUGACCAAUGCUCCUCACUCAAUAUCCUCUGGCUUUCCACACGCUGGACUCCAUAUUAUGGCUCCAUUUUAUCAACAUGGGAACAACAUGUUUGGUCCUGUCGUAACAUCAAUGGGUAAUUUUCCCACUUAUCGACCAAACAGGUCUUACGUUGAUACUCAUCCAGAUACUUCUAGAAUGGCUCUUUCUUUUGUUCUCCCCCAUACGUUGGAACCCCCGUUGGAACCACUGCAUCUACUACCUGGAAUUGUGGGAAAUGGUAAUACUUACCACCCUCUGAGUGGUCAUGCUAGCUCUUCAUCUUGGGUUCCUCCACAGGGCUCACGAGGAAUGAACCAUUUUGCUGCAGUAAGUAGUCCUGGCCCUCAGAACCACCUGAGUCUUGUGCAAACAUCAUCAUCUGCAAUUCCACCCAAUUUCAUUCAUGAACCCGCUUUUCCGCUACCACAAUUUCCUUCUGAGGAAACCAGAAGAAGGCUUCCAAAUGGGGUUCAAUCUAUCCUUAAUUCUUUAGGCGAUGGUCACGCUCUGAGGUUUGAGGAGUUGAUGAUCCUCGACUACUCACUUGUGUUACGUGCGUUUCAGAUAGAGCACCCUGAACUAUUUGAGACAUCGCGAUUCACGGGCCUGAGUCUUGAAACGAUAACUCAAUACAUGGAGCGUCAAACUUUCUUGGCUGUUGAUGGAGAUGAUUCAGAACAAAAUAAAGAAAGAUGUCCCGUUUGUCUGGAAGAAUUUUGCAACGGAGAGGAUAUUGGGAAGCUGCAUUCUUGUGUGCACAAGUUUCACUUUGAUUGCAUCAAAACUUGGCUCAAUCAAAGGAACCGUUGCCCCGUCUGCAGAAGAACUGGGUUGGAAACGUCUAAUGAGCAAAAUGUAGGAGGUAAAGCAGCAGAUGCAGCUGUGGUUCACGAUGAAGGUGACAGUCAAUAGUUCCUCACUGUAACUUCUAAAGACUGAUUUCAACUUUCGUUUUCCCUCCAUGGAACAAACUUAUGGAUGCAGAGACCGCGUACUUCAUUCUUGUCGACAAAUGAACUUAAACUCAUGCAAGACUACUUUUUCUUUUCUUUUAAAUGGAUGUUUUUAUGGUACUUGGACUUAGGAUGAUAUUGGCAAAGUCAUCCCAAGCUCCAACGGAUAACUAUUUGGUUGUUGCUUUGCAGUUUGCAAUAGUUUGAUCUGCACCAAAGGUAUCGACUAGUUUUUUUUCCUUGUGGAAGCGUAUAACUUUGAUAAUAGUCGUAGAAACUGGCUUUGGUUGAUUCUGGUAAUAACUAUGAACUGUUUUCUAUUAGAUCUUUA